AUGGAGCCCUUUGAUGAAGUCGAGCCCGUGAACGCGUCCAACGACAGCUUCCCUCCUUCCGCUGUGGACGAGAGCACGGAGAGCCUCGCCUUUCAGAUCAGCCUGGCUCUGCUCCUCUCGGCCAUCACGCUCGCCACCACUUUGUCCAACGCUUUCGUCAUCGCGACCAUCUCUCAGUCCAAGAAGCUGCAAACUCCGGCCAACUUCCUGAUCGCCUCCCUGGCCGUCACGGACCUCCUGGUGUCCAUCCUGGUGAUGCCCAUCUGCGUCCUGUACACGGUGACGCACACCUGGACGCUCGGGCAGGUGGUCUGCGACAUCUGGCUCUCCUCGGACAUAACGUGUUGCACCGCGUCCAUCCUCCACCUGUGCGUCAUUGCCUUGGAUAGAUACUGGGCCAUCACGGACGCGGUGGAGUACUCCAAGAAGCGCACGCCGGCGCGCGCCGCCGGGAUGGUGGCCACGGCGUGGGUGAUCGCCAUCUCCAUCUCGCUGCCGCCGCUCUUCUGGAGGCAGGUGAAGGUGGAGGAGCUGACCAGCUGCAGCGUCAACACGGACCACAUCUUCUACACCAUCUACUCCACCUUCGGGGCUUUCUACAUCCCCACGCUGCUGCUCAUCGUCCUCUACGGGCGGAUUUACGUGGAGGCGCGCAAGCGGAUCCUCAAGCAGUCCCCUAAGAAGGCCGGGAAGAGGCUCACCUCCGCGCACCUCACCAGCUCCCCUGCGUCCGUGGCUUCCACGACCCCCCUGCAGUGCGGGAGGCACGACCCCCCCUCCAGCGACACGGGCUCCUCCAUCAGCGACAACCAGGUGAAGGUGACGGUGUCCGACGCGCUCCUGGAGAAGAAGCGCAUCUCGGCGGCCAGAGAGCGGAAGGCGACCAAGACUUUGGGGAUAAUCCUCGGCGCCUACAUCGUCUGCUGGCUGCCAUUUUUUAUUUACACCCUGCUGGUGGCCACGUGCGACACGUGCCUGAACCUGGAGCUGUUUGACUUCUUCACCUGGCUGGGAUACCUGAACUCCCUCAUCAACCCCAUCAUCUACACCAUGUCCAACGAGGACUUCAAGAAAGCUUUCCAAAAGCUCGUGCGCUUCAGAUGCUGCAGCUUGUGA